AUGGCGCCGCUUUCCUACUCGAAGACCGCUAAGGUCCCCCGUCGCCCCUUCGAGGCCGCUCGUUUGGACUCCGAGUUGAAGCUCGUUGGCGAGUAUGGUCUUCGCAACAAGCGUGAGGUCUGGCGCGUUCUCCUGACCCUCUCCAAGAUCCGUCGUGCUGCCCGUCAGCUUCUUACCCUCGACGAGAAGGACCCCAAGCGUCUCUUCGAAGGCAAUGCCCUCAUUCGCCGUCUCGUUCGCGUCGGUGUCCUUGACGAGUCCCGCAUGAAGCUCGAUUACGUCCUUGCCCUCAAGGCCGAGGAUUUCCUUGAGCGUCGUCUCCAGACCUGCGUCUACAAGCUCGGCCUCGCCAAGUCCAUCCACCACGCCCGUGUCCUCAUUCGCCAGCGCCACAUCCGCGUCGGCAAGCAGAUCGUCAACGUUCCCUCUUUCGUUGUCCGUCUCGACUCCCAGAAGCACAUCGACUUCGCCCUCACCUCUCCCUUCGGUGGCGGCCGCCCCGGCCGUGUCCGCAGAAAGAAGGCUAAGGCCGCUGAGGGCGGUGAGGAUGCCGAGGAGGAGGAUGAGGAGUAA